CACGGAAGCUCCCGGGCGACUUAUAGUUUGCUGAGACGAUGAUGAACCGUGCCAAGCUGCUGCAGCGCGCUGCUAAGGUUGGCGCUGGCGCUCUCUUGGGUGGAUCGGUGCUGACUGGCGUCACGGCCUUCAGCAGCGACCAGAUCGAGGCCCUGCACUACGGCUUCGACCACCAGGGCCCGCUGUCUUCGUUCGACUACGCCAGCGUGCGUCGUGGCUACCAGGUGUACCGCGAGGUGUGCGCGUCCUGCCACAGCCUGGACCGCAUCUGCUUCCGCAACCUGGUGGGCGUGACCCACACGGAGGCCGAGCUCAAGGAGAUGGCUGCUGACAUCGACGUUGUUGACGGCCCCAACGACGAAGGCGAGAUGUUCGAGCGCCCCGGCAAGCUGUCGGACCCGCUCCCUCGCCCGUACCCGAACGACGAGGCUGCUGCCGCUGCCAACAACGGCGCCAUCCCGCCUGAUCUUUCGCUGAUGGUCAAGGCUCGUCACGCCGGUGCCGACUACCUGUUCGCGUUGCUGACGGGCUACGUUGACCCGCCUGAGGGCACGGAGCUGCUGCCCGGCCUGUACUACAACCCUUACUUCGGUGGUGGCGCUAUUGCUAUGGAGCGCCAGCUGCAGGACGGCCAGAUCGAGUACGAGGACGGCACGCCGUGCACGACCUCGCAGAUGGCCAAGGAUGUGUCGGUCUUCCUCGCGUGGGCCGCCGAGCCGGAGCACGACGUGCGGAAGAAGCAGGGCAUGCAGACGACCAUCGCCCUGCUGGCGCUGUGCGCACUGACGGGCUACUACAAGCGUCUGAAAUGGGCGCCGCUCAAGACCCGUAAAAUCACCUACACCAAGUAAGGCUGGAGGCUCUGACCACGUGCGUACGAGGAGUUGAUGCAAGAGAGGCAAGUGGCAGGUCAAGGACUUUUAGAUGCUUUGAUUUGUUGCUCAUCCAGCCUUCGAGCAGCCUCUCUCACUUUCCUCUUCGAGCGAGUGAGCGAGAGCGGACGGAGACAGACAGGCAGCGCACGCAAUGGAUGGAGUGGCCGACCGUCGAGACAGUAAAUAAAGGGAGGGAGUGGCGUGUGGGUCUAUUCAGACAGGAAGAGGUUGCGGCAGGACUUUGAAGAAAACUUGAAAAAAAUACACAGAAACGUACGAACGCAGGUUUUGCAUAGCCCAUGGCAGCACCACCAGCAUGGAUUGACGUUCCUGUGGUGAGGCCAACAUUAGGGUUUUAGCCCCUUACCCGUUAAAUAAAAAUCUUUGAUUGGCUGUUUUC